UAACGCCCUUUGAGUCGUUGCGUGCUGGGGGGAGCGACGUAAGGGCACUCCGCGAGCUCGUCUCCUCGAAUGAAAGGAAACAACCUCCGGCGACAGAGCCCCGCUCUGAGGCGCUGCUGGAGAACCGAGACCGACUUCUUUCUCUUUCCCCUCAUUGGCGCUUCUCCCCUGCCGUUCGCCUCUGGGCCCCGCCGAUCAAAUUCUUUCUCUACCCUUGGGUUUGAAACAACUGGAAAAUUCCUUCAGUUUCCUUUUGAAUAACCGCAAGAAGCAGUGCGAAACAUGUAAUAUCGUGCAACCAAAUUCAGCAUUUCUUGGGGCUUAUAAAGUGGCAUUCUAAAGGCAACUUAAAAAUCAUGUCAAGUUCAGUUGAACAGAAAAAGGGGCCUACAAGACAGCGCAAAUGUGGCUUUUGUAAGUCAAAUAGAGACAAGGAAUGUGGACAGUUACUAAUAUCUGAAAACCAGAAGGUGGCAGCACACCAUAAGUGCAUGCUCUUUUCAUCUGCUUUGGUAUCAUCACACUCUGAUAAUGAGAGUCUUGGUGGAUUUUCUAUUGAAGAUGUCCAAAAGGAAAUUAAAAGAGGCACGAAGCUGAUGUGUUCUUUGUGCCAUUGUCCUGGAGCAACAAUUGGUUGUGAUGUGAAAACAUGUCACAGGACGUACCACUACCACUGUGCAUUGCAUGAUAAAGCUCAAAUACGAGAAAAACCUUCACAAGGAAUUUACAUGGUUUAUUGCAGGAAACACAAGAAAACUGCACAUAACUCUGAAGCUGAUUUAGAAGAAAGUUUUAAUGAACAUGAACUGGAGCCCUCAUCACCUAAAAGUAAAAAGAAAAGUCGCAAAGGAAGGCCACGAAAAACCAAUUUUAAAGGGCUAUCGGAAGAUACCAGGUCCACAUCCUCCCAUGGAACAGAUGAAAUGGAAAGUAGUUCCUAUAGAGAUAGGUCUCCACACAGAAGCAGCCCUAGUGACACCAGGCCUAAAUGUGGAUUUUGUCAUGUAGGGGAGGAAGAAAAUGAAGCAAGAGGAAAGCUGCAUAUAUUUAAUGCCAAGAAGGCAGCUGCACAUUACAAGUGUAUGUUAUUUUCUUCUGGCACAGUCCAGCUCACAACAACAUCAAGAGCAGAAUUUGGAGAUUUUGAUAUUAAAACUGUUCUGCAGGAGAUUAAGCGAGGAAAGAGAAUGAAAUGUACACUUUGCAGUCAGCCCGGUGCUACUAUUGGAUGUGAAAUAAAAGCCUGUGUUAAGACUUACCAUUACCACUGUGGAGUACAAGACAAAGCUAAAUACAUUGAAAAUAUGUCACGAGGAAUUUACAAACUAUAUUGUAAAAAUCAUAGUGGAAAUGAUGAAAGAGAUGAAGAAGAUGAGGAACGAGAGAGUAAAAGCCGGGGAAGAUUAGAAAUUGAUCAGCAACGACUAACUCAGCAGCAACUUAAUGGAAACUAGGUAUGAAAGUUAAUUAUAUCGGAUCUGUUGUCAGAAUACAAUACACAUUGAUAAAACAUGUUGAAGUAAUGGUGUGCGGUAUGAUUUUUUUAACGCUAUUAUGUUUAGUUGAGCAUGUCACUAGAAUGCUGAGGAUUGUGUGAGCUUGCAUAGUUUUUUAAACUAGCAGAUUUUGUAACAGUAAAAACAAGCUAUCUACUUUAUCAAUAAAUGUAAUUGUAAUGUCAAGUCAGUAAAAUAUCCUCCCUCCUCAAUAACAUUAUAUUUAUUGUGUUCCCCUCAAGCAUCAUAUUUUACAUUUUUUUAUCAUCUUUUAAACAGGUUCAUGGGACAGAGUUAGAAAACUGGGAAUGAAUAAGACAUCCAUAACUACUAUUCUCUUUUCACUGUUUUCUAAAAUCAAAAAGGGUUUGUAACUUUUUACUGCCCAACUCUUAGAUCCUUCAUUGAACUGCCUAAAAAUGUCUUGUUUGUUUUAUGAGCCUUCCUCACUAGAUGGCAGAGUUUGACAUGUUGAUAUUACAUAGCUGUAGUUUGCAGUUUCUGGGAAGCAAUUGAAACACUAUUAACCCUGUGUAUAGUGUCAACAGUUAAAGCAGAUAUUGCAAUGAAGUAAGCUAUAUUUCUGUACUGAACAAAGUUCUGUUUAGAGUGUCUGAGUUUGUUUAGUGGAUCAUACUUAAGGGAAAGCAUAAGCAAAUUUCACUUUACAGUGCAAACACACCUCUGGUCGCAACACAUGGGAAUUUGUGAAUUUUUUUUCACACUCAAGUAAUGAAGGCUAGAAAUGAAGAGAACUUUCUUUUUCUCUUGGCUUUGACAGCAACUGCUAAAUAUUUCUUCCAAGAAAUGUGCUAAAGCAUUUCAUUUGGUUCCUGUAAAGUUGUUCUCACUGACCAGCAUGGACUCAAGCAACUGGUGAUUAUAAGCUAUGAGCUCCAGUGCUUAUGCCAAAAUCCUCUUCACAGUAAACCUCUUCUUUUUUCAUGUUAUACAAAGAGCUUCUAGCAAAAUUAUUGGAUCCUUUCAAGUUUAAACUAACAUUUGGCAACAGCAAAUUAAACCUCUUUAAGAUUUAAAGGGUUACCACUCACUAAGGACUUUAGCUACCAUGUCUGAAACCCGUUCCUUUCAAGUGCCGUGUCGUGUGGAACACUUCAUAUAUUGGCCCAAAGUAUGUAAGGAGGUCUCAUGUGCUCUAAGAGUAAAAAACAGUCUUUUCAUAAAACAGUAUUUAUUUUUUAAUUUUGUGACCACUAUGUUAGAAACUUUAUUUAAUAUUUUUUUAAUGUUUUCAUUCAGUGCUUUGCUUAUCUAUUAAAUUGGCUUUUGUGCCCUACUUUUCCUCUAGUAGGGCUCGGCGUUGUUUUAUGGGUCAUCAGGAUUGUUUCUCAAAGCCUAAGAAUCCAGCCUUUUAGAAAGGAUUUUCACACUGGCAUUUCUAGCUAGUGAUACUUUCUUCCAUUUAUCUUCUGAAGCACAUUUAUAUAUUUCUUUAUGGCAAAACCAAAAACUUUAGUUGUGAUCUGCCUAAUAUUACCAUAACACCUCAUUAUCAAGGGUAGGGAUUUCUGAAUGAUUAGUUAACCUACCACAUUAAAGCAAAUUAGCAAACAAAAAAAUCAUGUUAACAUGACUGUGCAUCAAGAUAUUUUGUAUCUUAUGGGAAACCAUUUUUAAGAUAUAACAGGUGGAAAAUUACACUGUGCUUAAUGACUGAUUUUUUUUAACUGCUAGUCCCUUAAAGACACAUUUGUCAAGUGUGUAUUCACACAUUUACUUAAAUCAAGGGACUCAAUGAUUGCUUUAUUUUAACCAUUUUUUAUUAUUUUUAGAAAGAAACUAGCUUUAGUAGUGGGUUGCUCUCCCUAUAUGUUUUGCUCUUCUUGCUCUAAAUAUGCCAUUGGAUUUUUUUAUGUGUAUGUGAUGAAUUUACAAAAUUCACCAUGACUUGAAGUGCAACGACAGAUCAAGAUGUUUGUUUACCAAGCUAUGUGACUUUUCCCAAAGGAUCUGUACUUUAUUUCCUUACAGCAGCUUGAAACUCAUUAUUUUAAAUCUUUGAAUCACUGUGUCUAGAUCCUUUUUACAUUGUAUGCCAUCGAUUUACCCAUGAAACAAUAGAGCACCUUCAUUUUUGGACAACUACUGUAAUGAUGUUUUUAGGAAAAAUGGAAGGUGCCAGGGGUAAUAAUGGCCAGUCAAUAAUCAUGUAACGAACUUCAAAUACUAUAGUUGUUAGUUGAUGGAUUUGUUAUGUAAUCCAGUGUAUGAUUUUGUAUGAGUUUGUUCAACCCUUUCUCUGCCACUAGCAACCAGAAUAGCACUUUACCUUUUGGUUGGCUAGGUAAGUGGCUGGCUACCUAUUUUUCUCACUGUGGUGUGAUUGGCUAAAUAGUCUUUCAUUAAAAGUUGAAAUGUAAAUUGAAGUCACAUGAAAAAAUCAACAUUGAUUGUAAACCUCCGAUAUUUUUAUUUUCUAUCCAUAUUUGUCACAUGCUGAGUAAAAGUGCCUUACAAUGUAAAAAUUGUACAGUACUUAUGUUCCCAAGUAGCAUCAUCAUCUUCUGGGUAGUACAUUGUGGUAUGAAUAUUUAGAAAAAUGGACCUCAGCAGUGUAUUUACUGUUCAUCUCUUAAGUCCUUAACUGUAGUUUUAAUAAGCAUGACAUUAUUUGAUAAGUAUAUGACAUUUACAUCAUUUCAAAAAAUACUGCCAUGACUGUGUUUUACGCAUAUUUUAGCUUGAAAUUUUAAAGCAACUUUUCUUUUUUCCUUUUUUCUUUUUUUCCUAUUUUUGUUUUGUUUUUGUUAUUGAUAUUAAACAGUGUAAUCUUUGCAAGCGUAUAUUGAAGAUUAUUCUGGGGCAUUUAUUGCCUUACCAGAAAUGUUAGUAAGAAAUGUUCUUUAGAGUAGAAAGAUAGACUUGAGUUUCUAUACUUUAAUAAGAACUCUUUGUUCCUGGGGUGAGGGGGGGGAAGUGAAUUUUACUUUCAUCUCAAUUUAUUAAAAACCCACAACUGAUACAUUUUAUUUCAAAAGUCAGCAAUUAUAGAAUUUCAGAUAGUACUUGCUCAGGAGUACAUGCUACUCAAGAUGUUAAGAGAAUAACAAGCUAUAUAGAUCUACUGUUGAAUCAGAAUCUAUGUACUUGAACAAAUGUGUGAAUCUUAAAUAUCUCAAAGCAAAAGAAAAGUGUUCUUCCAGAAUGUUGCUUUUUUUUAAAAGCGUUCAAGUUAGACCAAGGCAUACAGUUUUGUUCUAACAGACAUUUAGGUUAAUUGUAAAGAUAAGGAAUGCAUUAGGGGUCAAAAUCAAACAUUCCUCUCUUGUUAUGUAUAUUUUGUUCCUGUUAUAUUGGCUUUAUUUUCAAAAUUGUAGUUUGUAGCACUAGCUUCCUUUUAUUGGUAUUGCAUAUACUAUUCAUUCAAUAAAUGAGUUAUGACUUUCA